AUUUUUUUCUGUAAUUACAGGUCCAGAGGUUCAAGUGUGGGAUAUGCGACGAUCUUGAGUUCACUCAACUGUCACAUUGUGAGUGCCAUCUGACAUCUACUCACUCUGGAUUCUGCUUCCGGUGCUCCAGCUGUAAAAUGAUACUACUGAGGCAGGGACAGAAACAUGGAUGUAAAGAGGGAAAAAUUGAUAUUGUAAAAAAACCAACCAUGACAUAUACAGAUGAGGAGCAUGAGGAGUUCAUGAGAUUCCAGAAAGACAGGAAACGUCAUGCAUUGCCCUUUAUGAAACAAGAAAGAGUUAACUUCAAAGAGGAUGACAAACUAAAAAGGAGCACAAAAUUUACAGAAGUUCCGGGGGUUGAAAAUAAUACAGUAAAAUUACCAAGUGUAGAACCAAUGGAGGAGGCAAAGAAGGGAUGUGAACCAGUACCAGAUGAGAGCGGGGACCGCUAUACACCAGUAUCAUUACUGGAAGAGGACCUCGCAAUAUCCAUCUUCACGGACGGAGACUUCACAGAAGAAGAAAAGGUAGUUACGAAACCAGCAAAGAAUAGAAAAAGAGAAGAGGAAGAUACUGAGAAGAAAGAAGUACAGAAGUUGAAAGCAAAGAAGAAGAAGGAGAGGAAGUUAGUAAACAAGAAGAAAGAAGAAAUAGUCAACAAUGUGACAGCAGAGGAGAAGGAGGGAAAGUUAGUAACCAAGAAGAAAGAAGGAACAGUCAACAAUGUGUCAGCAGAGGAGAAGGAGGAAAAGUUAGAAACCAAGAAGAAAGAAGGAACAGUCAACAAUGUGUCAGCAGAGAAGAGGAUGGAAUGGAAGGAAGAGGAGAAGGAAGAAAUAUCAACAACAGAGGACAAACACAUUAAGCCAGUCAAUAAUGAAGGGAAUAUCAAAUUACAAGGAAUGGCCCUUUCCCACAGCCAGAGGCUCAUCUUGAAUGUGGGGGGAAGAAGGUACGAAACCAGUGCCUCAACUCGUCAGAGUGAUCCUUCAUCAAUCCUCGCCAAGAUGGUCAGUCCAACGUCAUGCAUGAAACCAUAUCAAGUGGACAAUAUCUAUACAUAUUUUAUUGAUAGAAAUGGAAAACUGUUUGAACAUGUUUUGGAGUUCUUGAGGAAUGGAGCGGAUAUUACACUACGGAAUUUAUCAAACAACCUGUGGGUUCUACGAAAACUAAUUAUAGAGGCGGAGUUUUUUGAGUUAGAUGAAUUAAAACACAUUCUGGAACAGAAGGCUGCUCAACAGAUAAUGAUCGCUUAUCCUGAAUUUUAGUGUUGCCUAGUAUAUGAACAUCUUCAGUGAUAUAUGGACAUUGUGAACAUUGUGUACAUUAUAAAGGGCAAGUGAAUAUGGACAGUUUGACUGCCAAUACGUGAUUAUGACAGAAGUUAUGGACAUCUUCAGUGAUAUAUGGAGUCGCAUAUAAAUACCUACAUAUAUGCACUUGGCUUAUAAAAUAUUUAUAUUUAUAUAUUUGCAAAUAUGUUGUUGUCCUAUGAAUAAGACUGAAAUAUAU